UGAGCAAUACGUAUCAUUAAUAGAUGUUCAUGUUUAUACAGGUAGGAAUGAGGUGUUUUUUUUAAUUUUCUUUUUUUCAGGCAUCUGCGAAUGGGGCCUCUCCCUGUUUUUUUUAGUUUUUUUUUUUUGGUCUAAGUAUCUGUUUCUUUUUUCUAGCAUGUUGAAACGUUAGACUUCCUGUUUCUGCUUGAUUUUGAAUAUACUCCUGUUUGCUUGUCACAGGUAAUCUUGCAUUUCUAGGUAGUUGUAGUUUACAGGGAGCAAGUGCAGGCAGCAACCAGUCCAUCCCUGUUGUGAACGUGGAGACCGCUCUGGACUCACAAUUAAAGGCUACAUGGUGCAUUCCACUACAAGUGCCGAAACCUGGCUCCCAGAAUAACAAGCAAGACAACUUUCAAAGUGACUGUUGACCAGCGCCUUCUGUGCGUUUAUGUAGUAAACUUAUGGUACAUUUUUCAAAAGGAUAGUAUCCAUUAUUUUGAAUUAUUCUUGAGAAGGACUGAGUCUCCCUGAAGGUGAUGCAGGUGCCAUAGUGUACACGUCAACAGGGUGGUUGCGUGCAUUCCUCAAGUCUGUAUGACUACCAAGAUACUGUGAAGUUGUCCUUCUGAUUGUAUACGGGGAGAAAAUGCUGAAACUAGUGGCCACAGAUGUCUUUAAUUCCAAAAAGCUGGCCGUUCAGGCACAAAAGAAGAUCUUGGGUAAAAUGGUGUCCAAGUCCAUCGCCACCACCUUGAUAGAUGACACGAGUAGUGAGGUGCUGGAUGAGCUCUACAGAGUGACCAGGGAGUACACCCAAAACAAGAGGGAGGCAGAGAAGAUCAUCAAGAACCUUAUCAAGACGGUCAUCAAGCUGGCCAUUCUUUACAGGAAUAACCAGUUUAAUCAAGAUGAGCUAGCACUGAUGGAGAAAUUUAAGAAGAAAGUUCAUCAACUUGCUAUGACCGUGGUCAGUUUCCACCAGGUGGAUUAUACCUUUGACCGGAAUGUGUUAUCCAGGCUUUUAAAUGAAUGCAGAGAGAUGCUGCACCAAAUCAUUCAGCGUCACCUCACUGCCAAGUCACACGGACGGGUUAAUAAUGUUUUUGAUCACUUUUCAGAUUGUGAAUUUUUGGCCGCCUUGUAUAAUCCUUUUGGGGAUUUUAAACCCCACUUACAAAAACUAUGUGAUGGUAUCAACAAAAUGUUGGAUGAAGAGAACAUAUGAGUGCCUGAGUUAAGAUGGUGACUGAUCGUGAUUGAUUUGAAGAUGGAGCACUGCUGAUUUUUGAAGGAAAAAGAAGAAUUUUCUAAAGAUUACACAUAUUUCAGAAAGACUUUGCCCAAUUCAGUUGUCAGACAUCAUGAUUUAUUUGAAGGCUUGUUUUAUUUGAAGAAAAGCAUAUUGCCAAAAAUUCUGGUUAAAAGCUUCCUGACGGGUAACAGACCAUGGGAGAGAUGUGUGGUUGGGUAAUGCAAAUGUAGUUAUACAAAGAAAAAUACAGAUAGCUCCAGACCUGAGGACUUUUUUAUAGGGCAAUUGUUGUGUUGGUGGCACAUUGGAUAUUUCUAACAUGUACAAAGCUAUGUAUUUUGAUUUACUUUCAUUUCUUGCUAUGUAUAUGUACUUUUCUUAAAAUGCCAAGAACUUUCUCUUGCUAUCAUUGCUCCUUUUGAAACAAUUCAAUUUUCAUGUCUACAGCUGGCUGUUUUGUUAAAGAUUGAGUCAUUGACAUUCAAGAUUUAAGUCUGAGGUAGUCAAUCCUCGACCAAAAAAAAAAAAAAAAAAAAAAAAAACAACCGCUUAUCUGAAAUCAGUACUGUGGAAAUGAAUUAUAUUAUCUAUUAUGAAUAAUGUCCAAUAUAAGAAUAUGCUUCUGGAAUUGAGUUCUACUUUUAAGUACCAAUGAUACUUAAAAUUUUCAGAAAUGUAAUGGUGUGUCAUUGCCUUGAAGUGCUUGCUUAGGGCUUCUUUUAUGUUAUCUUAAAAUGUGCUGGUGAAUUUUUCAUUUUUUACAUCCAUUUCGUAUGUAAGAGACAAAAAAGUCUAGAUUGGUCUUGAUACUGAGAUAAUAAAAAGUAAGUAGCAUUAAGAAAGAUGACAAUCUUCAUUUUACAGAUGAACUCAUUGAAACAAUUCAGGGGAAUGAGGGGCAAAAGGGGAGAAAUGAUAUUGCUAAAGAACAUGAGCACAAAAAUGAAUGCAUUUCAGGGUUUAAGAAGGUUUGAUAAAGAAUGUCACUUUUUUAUUUAACUGAUAAGGGUUUUGUUAUUUUUUACUUUGAUGAGUAAACCAAAAAAUAUUUG